AUGAACAUCAUCGACAGCGAUCAUGUCGCUGAGCCUCCACAACCAAAUCCAGGUGCUUUGAAGGAAGACCGCUAUACUAACGAGAAACUUGAGACGGUCGACAAGAAAGACGGAGAGCCAUCAGUAGAGGAUGACCCUUUCGGCUAUUUGCUGGCUGUCAUCCGCGCCAAGCUCGACCAACCUUCACCAGACGAUCCGCUGCCAUGUCGUUCGAAGACGGACACAAAGUACCAAGUGUCUGAUAAUGAUCAACGUCCAUCUGCUGGUCAAGCGCCAACAAGGACAGCAAAGCCAUAUAUACCAACAGACGCGCAGGGUAGCAGUCAGUUACCAGCCGCAAUCCUUCCCAUCCCAGUGAUACCUGAUGGUGGUGAAAUGACGCUGGCCUCCGAGUUACAGCAACUGAUUCAGUCGGAAAAGGCACUUGAUGCCGCAGCUUUGUACAAACGCCGCCGGAUAGCCAGCUCGGAACUGCUGGUCAACACUAGAUACUAUGCAGCCCGUACAUGCUCGCAGUCGACGGUCGACCCAGCUCGGGCAGACUUCUCGCUCAGCUUCAGUACCUCGUUCCAGGCCUUAUCCCAGUCUCAACCACAGGCACAAUCAGGGUUCCAGAGGAAUAUACUUGGACAACAGCCCUCGAACGGCUUCGAUCUCAUCAGCUCUCUCGCCUCCUACUCAGUCCUCGCAAUCGAGUUCAUCAAGUACCUCCAUCCACGCGACAUCUUGACCGUCUACUCCAUCAGCCGCGUCUUCCACGCCAACUGGAACGCCAACGAACACUACUUCUGCCGCAUCCUGGCCUGCCACUUGGAUCCCACCGCCGCCCGGGCCUACCCUUGGGAGCUGUACCGGGACUAUCUCAUCCGCAACCCGCGCGGCUACAUUGUCAUAGACUACACCCAGCCAGACUUCCGCCGCGGCAUCGACAUAGACAACCCGACGCCAUGGAGCCGCAUGGUUCUCAGCCGCGGCAGUUCCGCCGGCCACGCGCCGCUGCAGUUGAGCCCAGGCUCUAAGCUCUGCCUCGGCAUGGCCUGGAUCAACAUGCUCUUCGUGCGGGAGCGUCAGGCCCGCGACAUCGUGGCCAGCCUUGCCCGCAAGGGCCACCGCGUGCCGUCCUCGGCGCGCUCCACCAUCCGCAAGCUCUGGACCGUGACCGACUGCCCCACGAACCGCGGUCGGCACGGCCUCGCCCGCGCCUGGACCGACGAGGAUCUUCUCAACGCGCAGCUGCUCUUCCUCAAGCUCGACCUCAUGUUCAACGACGCCGUCCAGGGGCCCGGCACCCCCGACCUCCGCCGCCUGAUGUUGGGCCAGCCGGGCGGCGUGCGCGUGCUCUGGCAGCUGCUGCGCCGCAGGCGCUUCGUCGCCGACCUGCUGGAUCUUCGGCAGCUGCAGCUGCUGUUCGAGGAGGGCGCCGCGACGGCCGAGCAGUGCGAGCGCGGCCUGCCCGUCGCGGGCGUGCCCGUGGAGCUGUUUGGGGUGAUGCGGUGCGAGGGCUGGGGUCGCGGCGGGGCGUCACUCGUGCAGCCCGACGAGCUCGUCUCGGCCGAGUGUGUGAGGAGGCGGCUCCGUGUGGACAAGCUGCUGGUAUCCAUGGUGGCGUGGGGCUGCGUCGACUUUGAGACUGGGCAGAACCUGGUUCCGACCGUGCAGGAGCUGUACAUGAGCGACGACGACGAUGGUGGUGUGCGCGGGAUUCAGGGGCCCAUAACGCCGCCAGGUGGGCUGGAUACGCUGGCGGGCAGUGUGCCGCUGGAGGAGGGGGAUUGGAGGCCGCACCAUGCCAUGCGGGCUGUUUUUGACACCCUGACACCGGAGCAGCAGCAGGCUGUGAUUGCGGCCGAGGAGGAUGAGGAGCUCGUUGCUCAGGCGUGGGAGGAUGAUUCCAGCAUGGAGCUGGACGAGUCUGGUGAGGAUGUUGAUAGGGAUGGCGAUGAUGAUGAUGAUGAUGAUGAUGUUAUGCCGAAUGUCGAGUGA